AUGAGCUAUCAAUCCAAAUGGUCCGACCUGUCCGAGGAAGGGUGCACUUCAUCUGGCAAAAUCAAACCGUUUAAUCAUGGAAAGUACCUGAGAAAAGAAGCUCGCUCAUACAGAUUUCUUAAUGCAGAACUCGAGAGUCUAGCAGGGAAGCUCGAUUUAGGCAACUGCUUGGAGGCUUUAACACUUGCUAAAAAACACGGUCACACUGCCCUUCAGCAAGCUGCUCUCCGUGUCAUGUCUGAUAAUUACCUUCAGGUCUUCAGAGACCCAGGCCUCUUUGGCAGGCUGAAAGCAGGGGAGCGUGAUCACAUCCAAACACAACGCAUGAGAGGAAGGAAGUGGUUAGUGGUCGCAGAUAUGGAUUCCCCUGAUUGGAGUAGACGUCCGUCACAGUCGACAGAUUUAGGGUCUGAAUCAGUUAAGUCGUCCAGCGGUAUUUAUUACUACGAGGAUUAUAAGGACACAUGGCACCUUCAUACCCACAUUCCCCAGGAAGUGUUAUCUAAAGGUUGCGCCAUGUGCACCAUGGAUAAUUAUCUAUUUAUCGCUGUGGGUUUCCAAGGCCCAGACCGUGAAGUGACCCCUUCGAAGAAAGUGUACUGUUACAACCCAAUGACUUCCAUUUGGAGCGAAAUAAGCCCCAUGAAUGAGGCAAGGCCUCACUGCAAACUUGUGGCUCUGCAGGGCCAUCUGUACGCCAUUGGAGGCGAAUGCCUGUCAACGGUUGAGCGCUAUGACCCCCGGACAAACCGGUGGACCUUUGUGGCACCUCUUCCUAAUGAGACAUUCGCCGUAGCUCACAAGGCUACAGCUUGCAACGGUGAACUGUUUGUUGCAGGGGGCACGUUGAGAUACACCCUCUUGCGCUAUAAUCCCAAGACCAACACGUGGCGAGAGAGCAUGAUCGUGGGCAGUAAGGACAAGACCACAGAAAUGGUAGCGGUCAGGAACUUCUUGUACCGCUUUGACGUCAGUCCCCUGGGCAUCAGCGUGUAUCGCUUUCACGCAGUGGCCCGACUGUGGUACGAAUGCUCUUCGAUACGCCUUCCACAUUGCACAGCCUUUCAGUGUGUGACUAUGGACAAUAUUAUCUACUGUGUGAGCCGUCAAUUUACCUUGAGGUUCCUUGCAGAUGAGGUAUCUCCAAGCUUUGUUGCACAGGAUUUGAAAGUGCUGUAUCCGGCUAAAGGUAUUUUGUUUCCGUUCAUCCUUGUGCUUCCCGACAAGACCACUCAACAAACUUGUGUUUAAAAAGGUCAGAUAUUUCAAGUAGGAGGUUGUCUGAUAAGAAAAAAACACUCGGGGGCCAUAUUAUGCACAUGUUAAAGGAAUGCACCUUUUUUAAUUAGUGGCAAUUUAAAUAAAAUAUCAAGGCUAUUACAUGCAGUUAUUGUACAGCUAGAUCACAAUUACCCAGCACUUACUGAUAAAUAAAUCUGCUGUCGCAGUGAAGGCUAUUUGUUUGUUUGGGCCUUCAAACCACUCUGAUGUCUAAAUCAACCUUUAAAUCUUGGAAAUGUCUUGUGCAAGUGCUUAAAAUGUUUCAGUAAAUAUACCACUUUUGAAACACUGUGUGGAUAAUGUUAACCAAUCAAUACUGUGUGUAGAAUAAAACUGAACUGCAAUUGUGGAGCUGGCAUCAUAAACAACAUCAAUGGCUGCCAUUAGUACAAUUUAUGUAAGCUCUCUAAUUAUAUUCAUAGCUUUUUUUUAUUUUCUUUCUGCAUAUUUGGAGUUGUUUCUCUGCAUAUCACACGAUUAAUCUUACAUGAUACCGGCAUAUUUUUUAAAAAUAAAAUGUAAUUCUAUUUGUUGUAUCA